AUGCUCGCAAAUAUUGCGAUAACCAAUUCAAUUGAAUUAUCGGCAAAAGUGAGAAUAAUAUCUGAUUUAUUGAUCCCCUUCUCCAACAAAGCCAUCGCCAAUGCAUUGGAUUUUGUGAUCAACUCUUUUACUGUCAAUUUUGUGUCCGAAUUGGCCUCAAUCUCAAUAAUAAUAAUAUAA